UCCUCCUGCCCUGAACGAACAGGCACUGGGUCUCCAGUGCUGCCCCACCAGUGGCGAUUCAGAGCACCCCGGAAUCUUUAGUUCCGAUUCUCUUGUCUCUGCAGAGAGCAAGAGUAAAGAAAAGAAGGGGGAAAUGGAGGUGAAGAAGCUUAAGGAGCCUGUGUGAGAGAGGCUGCCUGGUUAGGCAGCAUGGCAGGAAUCCUUUGAAGAACCAGGGGCCCUGAACCAGGGGGUAUGGCCAGAUAUCACCUCAGGGCUCCUGAACUAUGGGACAACAGUGCUGUUUGGCUCCGAAGAAACCCUACCCGAGUCUUGGCUGUCCUCUUCCUCCUGGCCAGACACCAGUAGGCCUACUGUGCUGGCAGCCUUCCCUGUGACAGUGUGGAUGCUGCUCUCUCAGUGCAAGAACCUGCCCCACCAUCUGCCCGUCCACAGGUGAGACAGUCGUCUCCCCACCCCCCCCCACCCCCCCUGCCGUGUGGCUGCUGCAUUUGAAAAAGUAGGGCCCUGGCCACCUACAGAAGGAAGAAGCUUUAUGCAAGUCUGGACUGUGGGCAGCUCCUUGCCACCCCUCACUGUUAGACACGGACAGACCACUCCGGUGACUGUCCCCGUGUGUGUGGCUCCUGUGGUGUCCCCGUUUCUUGGAGGGCUCACCUGAUCUAGCACCAGCUGCUCCACAUAGGACACACCCUCGUCCUGACUGCACCGCGCCGCCUCCACCUGGGGAAGCGCCCUGGGUGCCCAUAAGUGCAGACAUGUGGGCAGACUGGGGGUGCGACUUUGCAUACCCGCCUCCCGGCCAACCACCUGCUUAUGCACUUGAGUAAACACUGCUAUACCAUGGUCUAUAGUGUGGUACUCACUUUUGCUCACCAAAAAAAUUUGCUCCAGCACCAGCUUAUCCACACGGGAAAGAAGCCCUCUGGUGCUGUGGCUGUAAGGCAGUGUUUCUGCCACAGGCUCCUUUGGCCGUUCACAGAUGCCCACACACACCCGGGGAAACCUUCCCCCUGCCCAGAGUGUGGCAUCUGCUUCCUGCACUCCUCCCUCCUGCUCAGCCACAGGCACAUCCACUCUCAUGAGAGGCCCUGUCCCUGCACUGAAUGUGGGAAAAGCUCCAAGAGGAAGCACGCCCAGAAAGCCCACCAUGGAAUCCAUCAGGGAUACACGGAAGGGCCAAGGUGUGGGAGCCCUGAGCCAGCCUCCUCCCUUGGGGAUCAAGACCCUCAGUUCAUGUCCACUAUUGGAUACAUUCCAGGAGUGUGGGUGACUGGGGUCAAGUGCUGCGAAGGGGUUUAUGAUGGAAGACAUUGUUUCCUGUCAAGCGUUCACCACUCAGAGCGGGUGGAGGCAAGAGAGAAAGGAAAAAAGGGGGAGGUGUACAAAGUGACAAAGUCCAUAGGUGCCUUGGAGUCCUCCUUCAGAGAGCAGGAUAUAGAGGUAAUCGGAAAUGUACCAGCGAGUUAUGUCACCCAGAAAUGGACAGGUUGGAACUGGACUGCAAGAAUCUGUUAAGGAACGGGAAGAUUCCAUCAUUACCCAUGACUUUGUCCCAGGACUAACACUGUUUGCUGGAGUCUGGGUUUAUGGCGCAAUGACAUUUUAGGCAAAUCGAAGGUUGCACUGCCUGAUGCUUUCCUCUCACUGAGCAUGAAACAAGGAGAAAUGACGCUCAGAGCCUUUCACCCAGUUUAGAGCUGCCAGUGCAAGGCAGAGGACAUUCUCCAGCUUCAAAUCUCAUCCCCACCUUUACUAACAGGCAGUCUGCUCAACUGUCUGCUAACCAUCCUCAUAAAGGACUCUGGAAGGUGAAUUUCCACUGUGGUUAUCUAUCUCGAUGUGCCUACGAGGUGGCACCUGGGACCUAGCUGGCUUUCAACACCAUUUCCCUUUACCCCAAACAGGGGGCCUUUGGUGGCCUCUUGGUGUGUAGACUCCCUGGAUCUUCUCCAUCCUUCUCUACAGUGGACAUUCUGCAGGAGGAGCCCCGCGUGUCCCUGUGCCCAGUGUGAAUCCAGGAAUUUAUACAGAAGGGAGCAAGGGCCUCUGCUUUCACAUGAAGUCCUGGGUGCAUCUCUCUCCGAAAUGUUUCCCUAUAGGGUGCGCAGGUCCCAAACCAGCCCUCAUCUCCUGGUUGGAACGAAAUACCGAUGAUUGGGAACCGGCUGCUCUGGAUCCGCAGGAGUGCCCACGGGGGGUAGCAGUCCAAAGAAAAACCAGAACCAGAAAGAAGAACGGAGACAAGGAAGUAUUCCCACCUAAGGAGGCACCCCGAAAGGGGAAGCGAGGGCGGCGGCCCAGCAAACCCCGACUGAUCCCCAGGCAGACGUCGGGGGGCCCCAUCUGCCCUGACUGUGGUUGCACCUUCCCUGAUCAUCUGGCCCUGGAGAGCCACAAGUGUGCCCAGAAUCUGAAGAAGCCUUACCCUUGCCCAGACUGCGGGCGCCGGUUUUCCUACCCCUCCCUGCUGGUCAGUCACCGGCGGGCACACUCUGGUGAGUGUCCCUAUGUUUGCGACCAGUGUGGCAAACGUUUCUCCCAGCGCAAGAACCUCUCGCAGCACCAGGUUAUCCACACAGGCGAGAAGCCCUACCACUGCCCUGACUGUGGCCGCUGCUUCCGCAGGAGCCGGUCCCUGGCCAAUCACCGGACCACGCAUACGGGUGAAAAGCCCCACCAGUGCCCUAGCUGCGGGCGUCGCUUUGCCUAUCCCUCGCUGCUGGCCAUCCACCAGCGCACACACACGGGGGAGAAGCCCUACACCUGCCUGGAGUGCAACCGCCGCUUCCGUCAGCGCACCGCCCUCGUCAUCCACCAGCGCAUCCACACCGGCGAGAAGCCCUACCCGUGUCCGGACUGUGAGCGGCGCUUCUCCUCCUCCUCCCGCCUGGUCAGCCACCGGCGGGUACACUCCGGGGAGCGCCCCUACGCCUGCGAGCACUGUGAGGCCCGCUUCUCCCAGCGCAGUACCCUGCUCCAGCACCAGCUCUUGCACACGGGGGAGAAGCCGUACCCCUGCCCAGACUGCGGACGUGCCUUCCGGCGGAGCGGCUCCCUCGCCAUUCACCGCAGCACGCACACCGAGGAGAAGCUGCACGCUUGCGAAGACUGUGGCCGCCGCUUCGCCUACCCCUCGCUCCUGGCCAGUCACCGGCGCGUCCACUCGGGCGAGCGGCCCUACGCCUGCGACCUGUGCUCCAAGCGCUUUGCCCAGUGGAGCCACCUGGCCCAGCACCAGCUCCUGCACACCGGGGAGAAGCCCUUCCCCUGCCUGGAGUGUGGCCGUUGCUUCCGCCAGAGGUGGUCUCUGGCCGUCCACAAGUGUAGCCCCAGGGCCCAAAACUGUAGCGCUAGAUCUGCUCUAGGGGGGGCCAGCCAGAAGGGCGAUGCCCUUUAGUGUGGGAAGGACAGUGGCAGUUCAUUUCAGUGCAUGGAGGGGCCCGGAGAAGGGAAGGAGAGCCCCAGGUCAUACAGGGCAGAGUCAGAGCAAAAACCCAGGUUCCCUGCCCCAGAGACCUGAACUUCAGUGUAUUCCACCACACUGGCUGCCUUACUGGAUGUGUCGAGAACGGACGGUCCCGUUAGGAGAGGUGACAUCAUUUGGUUGUUUCCCGGCUACCCUGUCCUGAAAGAAUUUCUGUGUGUGGAUAUCAGGACUGAGAGUUCUCCCGUCUGCUUUAGAGGCUGUUGGCUUUUGCUUUGUCACAGGGGUUACCUGUCCUCUUUCACAGUCAGGAGAAUCCCAUACUCUGCCCCUUCCUCCAUACGUGGUUAAAACCAACCUGAUCUAGCCCUCUUUUUACGACACUCCUGCCAAGUGUUUUUUGUUGUUUUUUUUUUUUUUUUUUUUUUAACCCUUGCUUUAAAACCUCCCUUGACGGGGAGCUUACUACCUCACAAGGCAGGUCAUUUCGUUGUGGGAUAGCUCCGAUCUUUAGAAGGCUGUUCAGGACCACAUUCUCCUUCCCUAUAAGCCUUGCCCAGAAUAUGUCAUACUUCAUGUGCGUGACAGCAUUUCAGAGAACUCUAUCGCGACUGCUUUUGCCCCACGUUUUCAGGUUAAACAGCAUCGUUUGGUCCAUCAUUCCUUAAAGACAGGGUUUCAGUUCCCACACACAUGCUCACUCUCCAAACAGGUGCUGGGUUUUCAAUGUUCCUUUUAAAGCCGGCACCACAGUGUGCACAGUACACCUCCUUGGUCUGUACUUGUCUUGGUGGCUCUAGAUUGCACUGACUUUGGGGAUGGUGGCACUGCACGGGGGCUUCAUGGGGUGGCAGGCACCUAAAUACCUAAGGUUUUUGUUUGUUUGUUUUUAAACCACAUACUGUGAAGCUAAGUCUUCUGCACCCUAUGUUUGAAAAAUUGGUUCCAGUGGGUCUGGGACAUAGGCAAAGUGAGCUCUGGGAGAAGACUGAUUUUAAGGCAAAGCAGGGGAGCUAUAGUCUAGCAGCAAGAGGCAAAACUGGGACCAGCUUGUACUUCAUCCAGUGGAUUUGGAUUCGUUCCAGGCAGCCAGUGGCUGGAAAACCCUUGAGAACUGGGUCUCACCCUUCCCUGAUUUCUCAUCAGAAUAAGGAGACAUCAGCACAGACCUUCCAGGAGUCCUCAGCCAACAUUUUUCAUAAAAUGGAGUGAGGCCAUUCAAGGAGGGUAGAGUCAACAGUCAUCAAGUUGUGCUCAUGCCUGCCUUCCUCACAUAAGCUCUCCAAAGCAGCAGCAGCAAUGUGUCUUAAUCUUUGAUAUGCCUCCCUGGUACCUACCCCUGAGUAGAUGCUCAGUAAAGCUUUACCGCAUUAAAUGAACAAGGCCUACCACUUUGCCUUGGGUAGCUGCACCAAAUUGGAAUUUCCAGACAUGACUUCUCUCCUAUUCCAACGGCUGGAGUGGGUCAUGUUCCUACCCCUAUUGCUUGUUCCUUCGGCUCUCCUCAUCUCAGCCCCAAAGUCGGGGAGCAGUUGGGGAACAGUGUUUGUAGUUACCUCUGUUCUGGUGUUUAGCAAGUUGCAUUGUAACUGUUUCUCCUUGGAUGAAUGGAUGAGCUACCCCAAGACGGGGGUCGUACCAGAUUGGGUCUCAUUAAAAUGUCUGAUAAAUGAA